UGUUCUCUUAUCUUCAUAUCACGAAUAGAAAAUACGAUUCACUUUGCAUUUGAUUAAGAAAAGGCGGCUUAUAUUGGAAUACUUGGAAAKCAAUCGUGAUAUUAAUCAUACUACGUAAAGAAAACAGUUCACAGUUCAAGAUGCUAUGUUAGAUGUCUGCUUAACCGGCCAGUCGAUUCGCCAUUGCAUUUUUACAGAUUCUUGACUGAUCUCUUAUAAAGCUUAUAAACUGAGCUUGUCUGCCAAGAAGACUUUACCGCCUGGCUGAAAGAGGAGACGCUUGCUUUACUAUCAAUAACUGCCGGAAAGCGGCUGUAUUAGACUUGAAUCAAGAUCUGGCUGAUAUACUGAACUCAGUUCCUGAUCUGAUAUAAAACUUAUAAACUGACUGCCAACAAGAUUUUAGCGCAUUGCUGAAAGAGGAGACGUUUUCUUUAAUAUUGAUUACUGUCAGAAAGUGGCUGUAUUAGACUUGAAUCAAGAUCAAGGAAAAUCAAGAGAAUAAAAUAAUAACAUGAACAACUCAACGACGGAGCGACCAUCGCCACUGCUAAAUGUACACUUCAUCGUUUCGCUGAUUGUCAUUAACUCUUUUGGUUCUCUCUUUGCAACACUUUCGAACCUCCUGAUCAUCUUGACUUUUAUGAGAACGCCAUCUUUACGAAAAUCUCCUGGGAACAUUUUUAUUCUUAGUUUAGCCAUAUCUGACUUCAUGGUUGGAGCUUUAGUGCAACCUCUUUACUCUACGGCCAUUUUUGCAGUAAUGACUAACAACAUGGUCUUAUAUUAUAGUGUUAUUGUGAUAUUUUCACCAACGGCCGUAAUGCUUAUUUAUGCAUCACUUUUGACGAUAAUUGCAAUUACUGUCGAUCGAUUCCUAGCUCUCCACCUUCAUCUAAGAUACCAAGAGCUUGUUACAACGAAACGGUCUUCAAUGGUGUUAAUUGCAAUUUGGACAUUUAGUGCGUCGUGGGGAUUUCUUGUCGUUGAUAAAGGGCAUCUUACCSCUGCAAGUAAUUUGUUAUUACUCUCACUUCUGUCUAUAAACAUUGCUCUGAUGCUGAGAAUAUCAUGCAUAAUUCAUCGACAUGCARCACAAAUGAAAGUUCAGAAGCAGUUAAUGAAGGCACURCAGCCUGGUGUACCAGUGAACAUUAAGAGAUCUGUCCAUGUCAUGUAUUACAUACUUGGAACAUUUUUUGCGUGUUAUUUCCCGGCAAUUUGUUUUUGGAUUAUCAAAACCUUUGCGGAUAAAAGUUGCGACUUCGCCGAGCACAUAUCUAAUACAAUCCUCUUGUUAAACAGCACCAUCAAUCCAAUCAUAUAUUUCUUGAGAAUACAGGACAUGCGAAAUGCUGCUCUUCAGAUGUUGCGAUUUUUUACAAGAAAGAACAAUAACAAUGAUAAUGGCAGUGGUAAAAAGUAAUGAUAAUGACAACAACGGCAAAGAUGCUAAUAGUGGUACAAAUUGUAAUAUUUAGUCACUUGGUUGUUUGGUAUAAGAUUAGUGAUACUGAUAGAUAUUAUCACUCUCUGAAUCUAUAUAUUGUUUUCUUUUGCUCUUUACCAACAAAUACUGAAUAAAAAAAGCAUCCGAUGCUUUUGAGUUUUCAUAAAUGACACUGUCUUCCGACGAAUUGUCGAUAAAAU